AUGUCGCCCCCAGUGUCUGCUCCUUCAACAAGUGAUGCUCGUUCAUCCGAGAGCCGCAAUGCGCUCGAGCGAAAAAGACCUCGCCCGGACGAUGACUCGGAUGCCUCUGAGCAUAUUCGUUUGCGGCCUCUUUCCUGGCAAUCGUCCGACCCGUUGGGGUAUGCUUUGAACUCGACUACACAGCCCCGUCCCAUUGGCGUGGAAUCGAUCCUUAAUCUCCCUUCCAAGGUACCGGCCAUCAAAUCUGAGAACAGUCGAGAGGGUUAUGGGGAAGGGCUGUCGACUGCAUCCGCUCCCCAUCUACAACACACUCGACAUCCGUCUUCGCCGACGGUGCAUCUACCAUCGUCUUCUUCCCAUCCUGCGAAGCGGCUUUCCUCCCCGGGGCUCAGGAACCACCACCCCCUCAUAGCCCCUGCCUCGCCAUCGGCUCGGUUUGCUCCUCCCACCGGUAGUUAUGGCUUGAAACCUGGCCCCGUCCGGUCUCCGCUCUCUCAGUCUUCACGCCUGAGCUCGCAUUCGAGAGACCCUAGCUCUCCCCAGUUCGUUGACUCUGGUCCCGGACACCCUGUGUCGACAUCCCCACACACAGCCUCCGCCCCGGUUCUGGCUCCAGUCUCAGUGCAACCGACCCCAGCUUUCCACAACCGCCAGGCGAGUGGCAACCACACUCCCCAUUCGAGUUCCCAGGAAACGAGUCCGACGACACCGGUAUCUACCUAUAGUCAUUACGGCCGGUCCUCCCCAGCAAUAGCAGCAGCUCCACCCCCGCAUGCUUCUCCGUUUGGGAGCACCUAUGCGACAGGAGAAUUGGCGAGUCGGAUACCGUCCGCCUUGGGAGUUCCGCAAUCUGGUGACGAAGCGGCCGAGCCACCACCGCCGGGCAAAAUUCUCUGCUAUCUCGAUGUGAAAUCGGGCUCCUCUCAGCAGGCAGAGAAGCGCAAAGCCAACAGUGACGCCUCGAGGCGAUUUCGCAACCGCAAGAGAAAUGAACUGCAAAUGGAACAGAAGAUCACAGCGCAGCAGGAAGAUCUCAGGAAGCAGUCAGAAGCCCUGCAGAGGAGAGAACAAGAGAUACGGGCUUUAAUUCAGGAGCGAGACUUCUACCACGCCGAGCGAGAUUUCUUCCGCGACCAUUUUAUUUCGCCCGUCUUUCGUCCCGGCGCCGAAUCAGGACCCACACGCAGGCUGGCAUGGACCAGAGACAACUCGCAACAGCUUGGGAUCCGCCCCUGGCACCAUAGGACCUCUACCAGACUCGCCCUUGUCGUCGGUGCGGCCGCCCGUCACAUGGCCUACCUCUUCGACCUCUUAUGCCACGAUGCACGCAGAGCGAAGCAUUGUGCCCGCCGGGAACUCGUCAAAAGAACUGUCUCACUUGUCUGGAACAUGGCCACGCACUUCGUGAUGAUCGCCUCGCGGGUUUCCACCGCCACCGAACAUUUGGCCUGCAUUUUAUCGGUACAUUAUGGAGUAUACUGGAGCAGUUUUAUGAAGUCGUCUGCUUCUGCUGGAUAA